AUGAACUCCCGGGUAUACGUAAGCGGACUUUCGCCUUACACCAGAAUACCGGAUGUGCUAAGGUUUUUCAAAACGUUCGGCAAAAUACGGGAUGUGAGUCUUCACGACGACCAUUGUUUUGUCGACUUCUACGAUUAUCGGGAUGCGGAACACGCGGCGUUUGAAUUGGACGGUGAAAGGCUUCUCGGCAACAGAGUCACGGUGGAGGUCGCAACCGAUAAGCGUCGACGUAGGGGACUCACUCGUUUCAUCCGCAACAGAUAUGCAGCAACUUAUCCCUUGGAUCCGGAUACUGGGUCCAAAUUGUUGGGGGAUUUUGUUUUGGACAUGAAAGACAUCUUGAGAGACAUUGAUGAUUGUUCCUCAAAUGGAAGACAGUCCAGGCUAAGGAGGAGAUCAAUAUUCGGUAGCAGGAGGCAGCAAGAUUCAGUAUCCCAAUCACCUCCCAGGUCCAGAUGUCGCUCCAGGUCAUCGUCUCCGUUAGGAGGGAAGAGUCGUGUCCGAUCACGCUCGAGGACUCUUUCUGCAGACAGCGAGGCAAACGAAACAAUUGGGUUACCGGCAAAUUACACUGAUGAUUCAUAUUGUGGAAUGUGCAGAGAACAAACUGAAUCGAUCGACCACAUAAUAAGGGGAUGUCCAACUCUUGCCCCAAAGGAAUACACCAAACGACAUUACAACAUUGGCAAAGUAAUACAUCAAGAACUCUUGAAACUACACGACACAGAAACGAAGGACACAAUACUACACUAUAAAUACAAUCCAAAAAGUGUAGUUGAAACGGAAAACUACAAAAUGUACUGGAACAGAGAAAUAAUAACUGAUCUACCUCUGCAACAUAAUAGAGCAGACUUGGUGUUUACCGAAAAAAAAACAAACAGACUUAUCUGA